CUGUACAUUCUGAAGACAGCGCCUCUUUACGCUUCUGGAAUUUCUAAUAGAAUUAAUAAUAUUAACAUCAAUAUCACUGGAAUUGAUGAAAAUAAUACAUUUGACCAUUUGUCAUCAUUGAAAAUUCUCCAAAUGUGGAAUAAUAGUUUGAUUUCAUUGAGCGCUAAUUUAUUUUAUAAUUUGGAAAAAUUAGAAAUAUUAGAUUUGAGUAAAAAUUUAAUUGUUAAAAUUUCAGAAGGGACACUUGACAAAUUAUAUAAAUUAAAAACACUAAGUCUAGAUAAAAAUUUAUUACAAAUUCUUCCAAAUGAUUUAUUCAAAGACUGCAGAAACAUACAAGAGAUUAUUCUUUCUGACAAUUAUUUAAAUACGUUACCUGAAAAUAUAUUCCGUGGCUUGAAUACUCUACUUUCUUUAGAAUUAGAAAACAACUAUCUAAUAGAUCUUUCAGAAACAAUAUUUGAUGAUUUAAAGAAUUUAUAGUUUGUAAAUUUGAAUGGAAAUAAUUUAAAAGUACUACCUGUUGGUUUAUUAAAAAAUUUGCAAAAUCUAAAUGAAAUUGAUUUUGGAAACAAUGAAUUCGAGAAAUUUCCUUAUAAUAUUUUUCUUGAUUUAAAGAAUUUGCAGAGAAUAAAUAUUAGUGUUAAUAAUUUAAAAAAUCUUUCAGAGGAAAAUAAGAUUCUAGAAUUGCCGACUAAUUUAACGGAAAUAUAUCUAAAUGAUAAUAAUUUGAAAGAAAGAGCACAAGAUUUGUUUAUAAACAAGACAACAUUAACAGUAAUUGAUCUUCAAAGAAAUAAAUUACGUGCGAUACCUGAAAAUUUGUUUUUUGGUUUGGAUUAUCUAGAAACUGUGGAUUUAAGUAAAAAUUUAUUAACAGAACUAUCAGGCUCUUUUGGUAAAUUAAAAAAAUUAAGAGAAGUCAGCUUUGAUAAAAAUAGAAUUAAAAACGUAUCUAAAAAUCUAUUUAACGGUUGCACUGAUCUACAAUACAUAAGUUUCACUAAAAAUAAAUUGAGUUCAAUACCAGACAACUGCUUCUUUGGUUUGACUCACCUAAAUAUAUUAUAUUUUGAUAAGAAUCAUUUAGUGACACUUACAAGAAACACAUUUGGAGUUUUAAACAACUUGAAUUACUUGGGUCUUAGUCAUAAUUAUUUAAACAAUCUAACAAGCAAUUUAUUUGAAGGCUUGGAAAACUUGAUGGAACUUGGUCUUGGUAAUAAUCUUUUAUUCUCUCUACCCGAUAAUUUCUUUUUCGGCUUGAAAAAUUUAUUUAAAAAAUUAUUAUUGGUCCAAUAAA